GCUUACAUUAUCAGUGUGAUUUCUGAUAAUUUAUAGACCGUGACAUAUCUUAUAAGAUCUCCAUUGAUUUUAUACAUAAUUUGCUUAAUUGAGCAGUGAUUUCUGAUGUAUUGGUCGUUGAUAUUUUGGAUGGUGUAUCCAGCAUGGUCGGCAGUCUCAGCAAACUGCUACAAAAAUCUGACUUACCAUAAAAUGCAGUUCACAUUCAAUGGCAAGUUUCUUGUUCACCAUACCUUCGCAAGCAUACCUUCCAAGCAAGAGAUCGAAUGUCCGCUGUAUUGUCAUCGAGAUGAUCGCUGUAUCUCGUAUAGCUUUGACCAGCAUCGGUUUGUUUGUAAUCUGAGUGAUUCGGAUCACACCAUGCACCCCRAGGACYUGGUGAACACACCUCAUGCUAUCUACAGGAGUAUAAAGCAUAACUGUACCUGCACUAGUAACAGCCUAAGACGUAAGAUCUACAAUAAUGGCACAUAUCGAUGCGAUUGCAAACCUGGAUUCACUGGAAAAAAUUGCGAAAAUAGAAUAUUUUCUUCUUGUAAAGAURUUUUCAACAAAACCAGGUGA